CUAUUCCUGGUAUGCGGACCUGCUCCUCGUGCCGUCUCUGAGUGUCAUUGAUCUGCUGCUGCUGCUGCUGCUGCCCCAUCUGCGCCUGGUACUACUUGUUCCGGGCACCAUUGACGGCAGACGACACCAACUGGAUAGAAAAAAUUCCGGAAAGCCAUGCCUGGAAAUGAUGGAUCAGGAGAAGCAAGUGGAGAUUUCCGUGGGUCUGUCUUCUUUUAUGACAUUCUACCACAGACAUCACGAGGGAUCAAGGAUCUCCCUCUAUCACCCCUCUAGACAUCUCUGAGGACCAGGCAGAGGUCCGCUUUGGCAGCUCUACAUUGGCUUCAAAAUGAUGCAAGAGCGAGCUUUGAUUGACCAAAAUCCCACCGCAGAUGCGUUUCUCCAAGCAUUCAUCAUGAUCGUCGUGUCAGAGAUAGGCGACAAGACAUUCCUCAUCGCUGCGAUCAUGGCGACUCGACACGCGCGUGCCACAGUCUUUGGCGGAGCCUUUGCCUCGUUGGUCAUCAUGUCCAUCUUGAGUGCUGCGUUGGGCAAAGUCAUCUUGGGCUUGAUACCAAAGGUGUGGACGCUUUGGGCCGCCGCCGUGCUCUUCCUAGUCUUCGGUAUUCGCAUGCUGCAAGAAGCGAUGAAGAUGUCCGGUGGAAAUUCUCAUAUCCAAGAUGAGAUGCGGGAAGUGGAAGAAGAACUGGAGCAAGACUCUUCUCGACAUGAUGUCCAGAAUCAACGUCACAGUGGUGGUACCGACUUUAUCCCACUCGAGGCGGUCGAAGAAGGUCGUUCGGGCCUCCAAGACUCCUUCUCUUCGCCUCGAUCACCCACAACCCCACGAUCAACCUCCAACGGUCGCGCGAGAUCACCCUCUCCAAGUACAAAUACAAAAUCCGGUCCAUCCAUCCAUUUCCCACUUUCAAAAUCCAGUCCCGAAAAAAAUAGAAAAUCUUCUUUCAAGACCUGGAUAAAUCAAAUUAGAGACUUCCUGCAGCUUGUGACCAGUCCUGUCUUUGCUCAGGCCUUCAUUCUUACCUUCCUAGGCGAGUGGGGAGACCGCAGCCAGCUAUCGACGAUCAUGCUCUCUGCGAGCAAUAGCGUCCCAGUUGUUGCAUUUGGAACCAUUCUGGGGCAUGGCCUGUGUACUUGUGGAGCUGUUAUCGGAGGCAGGUAUCUGUCCACAAAGAUUUCCGUCAAGCAUAUCACGCUCAUGGGCGCCGCUGCAUUCCUGAUUUUUGCCGUCCUCUACGUCGGCGAGGCACUUUACACCCCUGCGGACGCGAUCACUGGAUCCAUGGCAUAAUCGCAUGCUUUGGAACCGGUCAUUUUCAGUCAAUGUCUGGCAUUGUGCAAUAGAUCGUAGAGAUGAUAUGAUCCUGUACUCGCAUUAUGUAUUACGUAAUAUUACCCGGGUAUUCGGCAAAGUAUUUUUAAGCUUCCUUCGGACCGGAUAACGCCGACGA